AAUUUGGGAGACUGGUCAGCGGCAGAAAGUAAGCACCUGUUCAGAUGGAUCAUCGCAGGCAGGGGACAAGACAGGCAGCCGCUUCUGACACAUCAAACGCUGCAGUUUCAUUGAUCAGGUCAGAAUCCAGCCUUUAAAUGGCAACGUCACAGGAAAACAAGCACAGAUACCUCUCUGUCAAAGAUCUGGAGAACGUUUUGGAUACCUGCAAACUGGAACUGACCCAAAUAGACGAGGUUUGGCCUAACCUGUACAUUGGAAAUGUAGCCGUAGCUCAGAACAGGACUGCUCUGCAGAAAUUAGGCAUUACUCACAUACUGAACGCUGCACAUUCCAAGCAGGGCAGCAUCGGGGACCAGAGUUUUUACGGGAGCAAAGUUGUGUAUUGCGGUAUUCCAGCAGACGACUCCACCCACUUUGACCUAAACAUUUACUUCAAACCGGCCGCUGAUUUCAUCCACAAAGCAUUAAAACAGGCAGAUGGAAAGAUUCUGGUACACUGCAUCAUGGGAAUGAGUCGGUCCUCCACCUUGGUGCUUGCUUACCUCAUGCUGUACCACCAGCUCUCCCCCUGCUGUGCCAUAAAGAAAUUGAUUCAGAAAAGAGCCAUUUACCCUAACAGGAACUUCCUUGCACUGCUGCUGGAUCUAGACUUUCAGUUAAGGAGAAAGAAACGGAAAACCUGUCUGAUUCUGUAGCAAAGGCAUUUUCCGUACCGCAUUCCAGUGGAAGAGUCAUGCACAUGCACACCCAUGUAUAUCAGUGACACAAAUCAUAAUAAUAUAUAUCUUUGUCAUGAAACCUAAUACAAUGAAUCAGAAAAUUGCACAGUUGUAACAUUUACAAAACAACCAACUAAAAGUAAAAAGAAUCUUGUGCCUCAUUGGUUGGUUAUCAUGGUAUCCGUUGCUAUGUAUUUCAAGUACUUCCCCCGACUGGGUUUCUCUAAUUUUACAGUGCAUAUAAAAAUGCAUGAUAUAAAUUAAUUUCAGACCAGUCCCAAUCAGAAUAUUGAACUUUUAUUUGGCUUAGGUAGCUUGCAAAUGGGUUUUUCUUUUCUCUAGGGAGAUAUAAAUGUUGAUCCAUGUGUCAUAACACCAAUAAUGAUGUCAAGUUAACCGUCUUGGCAGGACAGGGAAUAUUGUAAAAUAGAUAAAGCCUUUUUCUGAGCAAGAGAAACCACACAUUUGCCCAGAGAAAUAAGUUAUUAAAACUUAAUAUCUUUAGUUGUGUGUUGUUGCUGAAUUUAGUUAUGUUUUAUUUUGAGAAAACAUUAAUGUGUUAAAUGUUGUAUAACACUUGAAUUUCAAGUGACACGUUUGUAGUUUCAUUUAAUUUACUUUGUCUUAAUAGUUACAGUCAUUGUCAUAUGUGUGAUCAGUUCUUGAACAACAUGUUUUGCCAUUCAGAACUGAAGGAAACUUCUGCUGAGGACCAGUUGAAUUUUGGAAUCAUAUUUUCAAUUUUUUUUACCUUAAGCAUAUAGCUAACAUUCAUACAGGGGUAUUGUACUAAAAUAUAACCAGCCAGGUGAAACUUUGCUGCUUUCUGUCUUCAAAAUACUUUUCUUAUUUGGAAUUUGGAAAAUGUAAGACAAUGGAAACAUCUAAUUUUGUUAUUUCAGUGAUCACAUUCUAGAAUGCAGCUCUGCUCCAACAAACAGCAGCAUCUAAACCAGCAACAGCAUUCUAACCACGUCUCACAGCACUGUUUAAAUUAUCAUUAGAUGAGAUAAGAAGCAUGGAGAGUCUUUUCUUCAGCCAAGCUUUCGAGUGGGAGACCCACAGGGCCAGAUUUAAUGUAUACUUGAGGGAGCUUCUUCACGUCCAAGCACAGGCCUUUAAGAGUCUGGCUCACAACUUGUGAUUCAUGAGAUGCAAUGUUUUGACAGCACCCACUGUUCGAGUUUUUUUUUUUUUUUGCCAUGCUGGAUGAUGUCUAUACGCAUAUGCGCUCAAAUUCUGUUGCACCAAUAGUGGUGCAAGCCAAACAGACCAAAACAUUUCCAAACAUAGAUGUGAUAUCUGUUUGUAAACUGAGCCACAGGUUUGUGAACAUGAUGGUCUUUUGUUUGAGGGGUCAACUUUCUGAGCUGUACAAACCCAUUAUCAAUUUCUUUUAUUUUUUUUAUUUUUAGAAGAUGUCUAGUCAUCAAAAGUGGAAUAACUGCUAUAACUAUUGCUUUAAAACCAUUACUUUUUUGAAGGUUGUGUUUUUGGGGGGUUGGUUUAUUAAAUUACUUAUAUUGAAUUAUGAUGGUCUAUUUGUACAUGAAUUAUUACCUCACUACCUUGUAGCAUGCAGAAAUUUAACAUUUGUCAACAUAGCCAAUGGUUUGUACAAAUCUUGUAUUUUUUUUUUAUCUUAGACAUAAAGAUUUAGACAAUUAAAUUGUCAUUGUAUGCAUUAUAAGUAAUGAACAAUUACCAAAGGUCUUUAUGAAAAUGUGAAAGGAUAUGACUGUUUUAUUUUAAAUCCUUACUAACCUCUUGAAUGGACAUGGAAUGGAAAUUGAAUGGAAAGCAUAAUUCAUGUUUCCUACCACCUGUACUUGUCUGAUGCAUAGGAAUUGUACAGAUGUUUCCCCAAAUUGUUUCAGAUAUUAUUCAUUUAUUCAUUGUAUAACAUAGGCAACAUUAACUGGAGAAACUAUUUUCUGUUUGAACCUAUGUAGGAUGUUUACUAUAGCCUAGAUAUAUAUUGCCAUAUUUUCAGUUGACAUUUUGGUACACGUUAGUUUUGGUGAAAUGUCAAAGAUCCUAAGAUUUUUUUGAUAAUUCUUUUAAAGAGAAAAUGAUGUUGUCACUAUUUUGCUACUGAAAUGACAUAAAUCAGGACAUGCCAU